AUGAGUUGGUUAUUCAUUGCAAUCUUUAUUCUUUUCAUAAUUCCUAACUCUUACGGAAUCAUUUUUCCGGAACAAUGGGAACACAAAGAAAUUGAAGGAUCCGGAUCGUCAGGAGAAGGAAUCAACAUAAUUCCCACAGAAGAUUUGAGAAACAUUAUUGACAACUACACUAUCCCAAUGUAUUUGUUGCAAAGAGUUUAUCAAACAGCCGACCCUUCAAUAACAACAGUUGGACCCGAAGAAAUGGAUCUUCUCGAAAAAGCGCGACCGGAGACAAUGAGAGCAAAGUUCAUCGAUGAUAUUCUUCAAGAAGACAUAAAUCUAGAAAAUGCAAUUCAAAGUUUUCAAAAUGUUGCAUUCUUUCUAUUUUCUCCACUUGGGUGCGAUGGAGAGGAAAUAUGGCCGAGUGUAUAUGAAUUCACAUUGGACCAACUUCAAUGCGUUGCAUUCAAAACUAUGGCCAGAUUGACCACAAAAUCGGGAUUCACGAAAAAAUAUUUCGCAAGAGCAGUACAUUUCGGUUUACUUAGCAAAACACCAAUCGAGCACAAAAUAACAGAGAUGAAUGUUUAUCGUUUUAUUCUGCCUGCGUCUGACGAACAAUUUGUGAGAAAAUUAAUGAGAUUCUACCAGAAUUCUUUCUGGAACGAAAUGGAGCUUGACCGUCUUCAGAAUUAUGAAGACGAAAGCUUUCUAUGUGGCUCGCUCAAUUUUCAAAAGGAAGUUUACGAAAAGAUAAAAGAAUUUCAAUAUUGA